AUACCGACAAUUUCUUACACGUGUCUUUUUGUUUUGUCGUCUUCUCUUCGUCCGCUGAAGAUGGUGAAGCUCGGGAUAUGUGUCCUACUUUUGGCACUCGCCCUGAGUACGGCGAAUGGCUGUACCAACCCGAAGGUAAAGUCCACGACCUACUCUACCGAGAACCAGUAUUUCUCAGGCGAGAGCGUCUUCAUUGCUCAAGUUGAAGUUGACUGCAAUGGAGAGUCGAUAUCGCUGCAUGCUCUUGUUGGAGGCCAGUUGCUACCUGUGUCGAAAGGCAUCACUUCAGGCUCUACGGAACACUUUCAGGUGUCCUGGACAGAGGACCAUGACAGGAGUGGUUCGAGAGAGGUCAAAUUCUAUGAUGAUAAUGGAGCCUCUUCCAUCAGGAAGGCUCUGAGAUAUGGUGAAGAGGUCACCACUUCUCCACUCUUCAGUGUGGACAUCAAACACAAGAACAGCAGCAAUGAGAUGUGGUUGUCUCCGGCCUUCCUGGCCAUGAUCGCAGGCCUCUUGGUCUACUGGCUGGCAUACAUGGCCAAGUGCAAACUACAGGAGUGAUGGAACAUCUCUGUGUACAAUGGCUCACUCCCUUAGGUUAUAAUUUCAAUGAUCAUGGUAAUGAUAUUUUUGAGGCAUUGUUCUCGCAAACCCAAA